CGACCAUCAUUCUUUCCAGCGUCACGGAAUCCGUUUCCUGUAAUGGUGGAGCAGACAUCCUGCGCUUCAAGGCCACUCAAGAGGAGUUUGAUGAACCAUCAGCGAACAUUUCACCAGAAGGAGCCCAAGACCGCGCUGUCGGAGCUGCCGGUGGCACACAUCCCUGGCAAGAUUGCAGCCGGCGCCGCCAACAGUUCACCAACGAAGACAACGCAUGAAGUUGCUUCUACCAGUUUGGUGGAUCAAGAAGUCAGCCCCACACGGCAGUUGGCCGUUGAGUGGUGCCAGGAUGGCUUGAAUUUGCUCACUGGUUCACAACCGCUGAUGGGUGGUCCUUGCUACUUCAAAUUCCUUGUGCCGAACAGCUUGGCUGGUGCAUUGAUUGGCAGAGAUGGAAGUUCGAUGGGGGAGAUCGAAGUGGCAUCGGACUGCAAGUUGCGGAUCUCGGGCCCGAAGGUCCUUUUUCCUGGGACUACGGACCGCAUGUGCAUCGUGGCUGGCAAAACUGGUGAGGCUCUCGAGAUUGCAGCCAUGAAGGUCAUUGACCGGAUGGUCAUGACGCAGUCGCGUGUCCCUUCUUCACAAAGACGUUUGGUUUUCAGACUGGUCGUGCCCAAGUCUGCUGCCAGCGCCAUCAUUGGCUGGAAUGGAGAAACCGUACAGCGAAUCGCCAAAGAGAAGUAUUGCCGAAUCAACGUCAGCUGCCGAGUACCAGAGUUUCAGGAACGCGUGGUGACGAUCUUCGGUGAAAAGAACUACCUAUGCGAGGGCCUCCGACAAGUGAUACGGCGGAUGCAGGGUGCUCCUCAUUUGCAGGAGCACAUGCAUUUUGAGUACAAGCAGGAGCUGCCCUUUGGCGUCUGGUACUGGAGUCCGGAGAACAGGGAGCCGGAGAACCCCAACAGUCCGUUGAUGCCCUACGAGGUGGCUCAGACCAAGAGCAAGAGGGAGCUCAUCGAAUACUUGGUGCAGACAGCGCCAAAAGACGUGCUGGCACGGACGCGACUCCUGGGGACGAUGAAAAAUGCGCUGAAGAAGAGGACCCACAAUGAUAUGCUCGAGGCGGUCAAGGAGGUUUGGAACCUUCGGGCAGGCGAAAAUGUUGGAAUAAUACAGAGUCUCGGCAAGCACGACGGGCCUGUGUCCUUGCAGCCUGGAGUGUUGACGCCUGGAUUGGUGAAAGGCGGUGAACCAGUCCCGGGCGAGCCGCCGCCAACCGACGGAGCUGAGCUGUCGGAUGAAGAGGACUUCGACGAGAUUGAGGUUGUCAUCGUCCAGGGCUCAGACAGAGCAGAGGAGGACUCGGACGAAGAGGAGGAACCGUUUGAAGAGGUUGUUUCCCAAAGCAGCGAUGCUGCUGAGGAAAACUCCCUGCCACACUCAACAGCUGAAGAACCACUGCCGAGCGAAACAUCCUUGCGGUCAACGCCGCCGAACAGUACCGCGCCUAAAACCGCUUGGAAAGCAACAGCUUGGAGUUUGCCGUCGAAGCAAACAGGGCGGCGCCGUGCAGCGACGGCGGGGACAGCCGUGGCUGACCACUUCCGCCUCGUGGAAGCGCUGGCCGUCGAAUGGCCGAUCUUCUCAGGCAGUCGAGGCGCUCUACUCGAGUCCAAAGAGCCAGUCCCGGGCAAGCCGCUGCCGGGCGACGGGGCUGAGCUGUCGGAUGAGGAUGUCGACGAGAUUGAGGUUUUCAUCGUACAGGGCUCAGACGAAGCAGAGGAUUCGGAUGAAGAGGAGGAGCCGUGCGAAGAGGAUGGUUCCCAAAGCAGCGAUGCUGCUGAAAAACAUUCCUUGCCACACUUAACAGCAGAAGAACCAGUGCCGAGCCCAACAUCCUCGGGGUCAACAGCGCCGAGCGCUACAGCGCUGAAAGCAGCAGCUCCCUUUGUGGAGAUGCCGAGCCCCUUGUUUAGCAGAAGCUGCAGCAGCAGCAGCAGCAGCAGCAGCUCAUUGUCUAGCUGCGGCGCUGUUGAGAAACCGAACCGGUGCUGAUUUUAGGACCUGAAAGGAACCCAACAGGUGAGAACAGUGAUGGGUCUGCCCUGCGAUGCCCGAACAUCCGCCUUCGGAUGCUUUAAGAGGAUCGUCGAUGCGAUCCGGUCCAACGACUAAUUCGUUCUCUUUGUACAGUGCCUCAGAUGGAGGAGCAUCCCCCACGUUGGUCAAGAUUCGCCGAUCUGGCAAGACUGCCGGUGUAUCAUGGAUUGUCAUGGUGAUUGUCAUCUCCUGAUUAUCCAACAAACUUGGCCAAGAGGGUGCCUUUGUACUCCUUUCAUCGUGUCCGACACGGGCCUGAGGGGCCCGCCGAAACGAAUUUUUGGGUGCCCGCAGAUUUGCGCACUGAUUUGCAAUUCGUGACCCUCUUUCAGAUAAAUCAAGCUGGAAAGUGCGUGUUUUUUGUUCAACAGUGAAUUCGUCAUUGCUGCAUGUUUCGCCUGUUUGAUGCCUGUCCUCGGCAAAUUCAUUUGCAUCAUUUGCGUAGCAGCAG